AUGUUUAUCAAUAAAGAACACACAUUUUAUUAUAAGUAUCUCUACAAUGAUUUUCAAUACACAAAUAAUAAAUUUGAUAUUGCAAUUGGACCUAACACAUUUACAGAAUCUAAUUGUCAUUUGGAUUUUAAUCCAAGCAACGUUAUCAUACCCAGCCAUGAAGAAGUAUCAAACUUCACUUCCAUGCUUGAAAAAGAUAUGAAAAAAUGUGAAUUAAAUGUUUCCAAAAUUAUUAUACAUAAACAUCGACCAAAAAUAAAAGCCUUAAUAAAUUACCAUCCAAAUGUUUUACGACAUGGAAUCUUUUCUUUCAUAAUGGGACCUUUUAAUAUAUUCUCAAACAUAAUCAGAUAUAACCAUGAAAUCUUAUCUAUGAAUACGAGCGCCUACAUAUCAUACCUUGAAAUGAUUGAACAAAAUUUAAUUAUAAAACAAGUAAAAGAAUUAGGCACAAAUGUAUUUAUAGAAAAAGACUGA